AUGGGUCGCGGGGCAGCCUGGCCGCCCAACUCCUUUGGGGAGUGGAUGGUCGGACAGAACUUCAAGAGCAUCCCACGGCGCUCAAGUCAAACGCAGAUCCUCAAGGUCUCCCUCUCUGAAGACGAGGCUUCUGGCGAUGAGACUCUCCAGAUCACCUACCCAGGACGACGCGGAGCCAGCAGAUCAACCAGGCAGGCCACCCCGCAGUCAUCAUCAUCUCGCAAGAAGGUCAGCUUCGAUGGCGAUCGGAAGCCACUCAAGUCAGCCCUUAAGAAGCAGGCAGCGAGCCCAAGCGAGUCUUCUGACACACUUGUGGAGGACACCUCUGAAGACGAUGCGACGACCGAAAAGGAUGAGUCGUCAGCCCUUGACGAGAGUGAUACUUCUGAAGACGAGGUCUGGGUCAAGAAGAAGAAGAAGCACAGAGGAGACAAGAGGCCAAAGUCAGCGCCCACCUGCAAGAAGGAGACCGAUUCCGAAGAUUCUUCGGCCGCUAAGGACGCCCUCCCCCACGAGACAUGCGACUGCAAAGAUUGUGUCAAGGGACGCAGGAUUCUCAAGGCCAUGAUAAAGCUCGAUGCAAAAAAGGCAAAGGAUGAAGCUUUCAAUAAGGGCGACAAGGAGAAACAAAAGGGCAAGCAGAAGGGAGGGAACCCCAAGAACGCCGAAGCGACAUCAACGGAAGCCAGCGAAACGACAGAGGCUGAGGCUGAGGCUGAGGCUACAGAAGAGGUCAAAGAAGCGCCUUCGAAACAGAAGAAGAAGAAUAAAGGCCAAGCCCAAGAGGGCCAGAAGUCAACCCCUAAAGAGAACAAGAAGCUCUCGCCCAAGACCGUCGAAACAAAACAGGCCGUCGACAAAUCGGCAUUCAAGCUACCCACAUACCCCAAGAACAUGGAACCGAAUCUCAUCAUGCCCAUAAGGUCCAAUGUUGUCCAAUGCGAGCACACAAUUGAGGGGCCCAACGAUCCGAGGCCCAACGCCUUCAUCGACAGUGGCAAGGGUAUCCUGCGAGUUUACCAUGGACCGGUCUGGGGCAACCACACAGGCGAGCUCUAUGGUGCUGUCAACCCCUCCAAGUUGUCGCCACUGCCGCCGUCUGCGAGACCUGACAUGUGGCACCCUCCUGGCUGGGCUGGACCAGGCCACUAUGGCCAUUUCCCCCCAUAUCCACCCCAUCCCCAUUACCCUUACUUCCCUCCAGGUGGCCCUUCACCUCGAGCACGUCCUGCUGGACCUCCUCCAGGUACACCUGUUGGCCAAAACCCAAGCGGUCCACCUGGAAAUGGAAUGGGGCUCAGUGGAAUACGUUGGCCUGGGACGCCGCCCGCGCUUCGAGCACAUCGGGCCCACGAGGAGGCCAAAGAACGAUCGCAAGCCACCAAAAACGCGGGGCCCUCGAACUUGUCGCAUAAGAAUACCCCCAAAGGCAAUACUGAAGCCUGGAAUUCGGGGGGUGGUAACCAGGGCUGGGGCAACGACGGAAAUGCGAACGGAGGUGGCGACGGUUGGGGAGGAGACAGUAAGCCUAAAGAACAUGACUUUAGCUUCCUGCAUGAGAAAAAGUCCACAAACUCCAAGAGCGCGAAAGGCAGCCAGAGUGGUGGCUGGAACAACGGCCAAGGUGACAGCUGGAACCAGCAGGGCGGCAACCAAGCAGGUGAUAACGCUUGGGGAGAGCAAUCAGGAAAUUCUGGAUGGAAAGAUUCUGGGAACAGCGGCUGGAACGACACUGGCGGCAAUGCAGCAAGUGGCAACCAGAACUGGGGAUCCGGAUCUCAUCAUGGGUCCCAAGGCAAUGCCAACAAAACCCAAGACUGGAACGCGCCAGGCUCACACCGGAACAGUCCUCGGAGUGGAAGUGCAAACGGGGGCCAAGGCUGGGGUCAACCAGGCUCAACUCGCAAUAGUCCCCGUGGAGAGAACAACUGGGGCGGACCUCCAGGAUCCAAGCCAGCUUCUCGCCACUCUGGGGGUGGAAGUGCAAACGGGGGCCAAGGCUGGGGUCAACCAGGCUCAACCCGCAAUAGUCCCCGUGGAGAGAACAACUGGGGCGGACCUCCAGGAUCCAGGCCAGCUUCUCGCCACUCUCAGCCUCCGAGCAACACUGGUGGCGGAUGGGGCGGUGGAGACUGGACAAGUGGCCACGGCAACAAUACCAACAAAAAUGGUCCUUCAGGCAGUAUGCCAGGUGCCUGGGACAACAGCGCAGGACCUCAAUCCCGAAAGGCCAGCGGAUCCAACCAGCCAUCUCAAGAUCGGAACGGCCAUGGUCAUAACAACUCUCCCGCUGCUGGAAACAAUGGCAGCCAGUGGGGCGCUCCCCCUGGCCAGGACGGUGGUCAAGGCUGGGGAGGAGGGAGCAACCGAGGUGGAAACCAAACGGACAAUUGGAAUACUGGAGGUGGAGGUACCGGGGGAGGAUGGGACAGCAACCCGUCAAACAACGAUGGACCGACGGCCGGUUUCUCGUGGGGGCUCGACGCCGCGAACGACACCAAAGGUGCGGCAAUAAAUUGGUAG